UGUUUAACUGUUCGCGCAUGCGCAGAUCACAGCAUCUCACCUGUCAACGACUUUCAUCAGAAAUGGAGCCAUCCGCAGAGUAUAUCGCCAUUUCAGACUGAUUUUAACACCAACGCUCGGGUAUACAAGAUGGCUUUAUUGAAAGCAAAUAUGUAAUCUCGCCAGCAGUGUUCGGGAGCCGUUUUUAUUGCUGUCUGUCACCGUUUUCACCGACGUCUGUGACCGUACAUCGCUCACAACCUGUCCAUCCAUCCAUCCAUUUAUUCAUCCAUCCACCUUAGACAAACACAAACAGACAGCCCCCCAAAGCUCAGACCUCAUAGCUCAAGUCACCGCACGACUGACAACGGGGUAAUGUUCAUGCGUGAUCUCGGAAUCGGCUUUUAGUCCCUUUGUUUAGGACGAUGAACGCAGAGGAGUUGGAACUCCUUGGUGACUCGAAGUACAGAAACUAUGUGGCAGCUGUAGAUAAGGCCCUAAAAAACUUUGAGUACUCCAGCGAAUGGGCCGAUCUGAUCUCAGCGCUCGGAAAGCUCAACAAGGUAUUGCAAAACAAUGGCAAAUACCAGGUUGUGCCCAAGAAACUGACAAUUGGGAAGCGUCUGGCCCAAUGCCUCCACCCGGCGCUGCCCAGCGGGGUUCACCGCAAGGCCCUGGAGACCUACGAGAUCAUCUUCAAGAUCAUUGGACCAAAGCGCCUGGCGAAAGAUCUUUUUCUUUAUAGUUCUGGGCUCUUCCCUUUACUAUCCAAUGCUGCUAUGUCUGUAAAGCCGGUAUUACUUGGGUUGUAUGAGAUUUACUACCUGCCCUUGGGGAAGACUCUCAAGCCAGGCCUGCAGGGGCUCCUGACCGGUGUACUGCCUGGUCUGGAGGAGGGCUCAGAGUACUAUGACAGGACCAAUACCCUUCUGGAAAAGGUGGCAGCAGCUGUAGAACAGCCGGCCUUCUACAGUGCCCUAUGGGGCAGUAUUCUGACCAGCCCUGCUGUACGCUUGCCUGGAGUCUCUUUCGUCCUCCUGCACCUCAACCGGAAACUGUCCAUGGAGGAUCAGCUUUACAUCAUUGGCAGUGACAUUGAACUGAUGGUGGAGGCAGUUAGCACGUCAGUUCAAGACUCCAGUGUGUUAGUACAAAGAAGCACCUUGGACCUCAUUCUGUUCUGCUUUCCUUUUCAUAUGAGCCAGGCAACACGUCCAGAUAUGAUCAGGAUUCUGUCAGCCGCACUUCAUGUGGUCCUGAGGAGAGAUAUGUCUUUGAACCGUAGGCUUUAUGCUUGGCUGCUGGGUUUUGAAAACAACGUUGUGAAAACAGGCCCUCGCAGCACCCGACGCAGUAAUCCAGACGAACACGUCACACACUAUUUUAACACUUACUCCAAGGACAUGCUCGUUCAGGCCAUGGUGGGGAUUCUGCAGGGGAAGGCCAGAGGAGGGGAGGAGGAGAGCGUCCUGAUGCACGACUUAAAGCCAUUUCGCAUUCUCAUCAGCUUGCUCGACAAGCCUGAGCUUGGCCCAGCAAUCUUGGAGGACGUUCUCAUUGAAGUGUUUCGCACCCUGCACACUCAAUGCCGUGCUGAGUUGGACCUUCAGAACCAGAACCCGUUCAGCAAAGACCAAACUCAGCUUAGCAGCAAGCUUAGAGAAAACAAAAGGACGGCAGAACUCAUUAAAACAGCCAACCUUUUGUUUAACUCCUUUGAGCCCUAUUACAUGUGGGAUUACAUUGCAUGCUGGUUUGAGGAGUGCUGCAGAUGGACUCAGAGCAGUCAUCUCCCAGGCCACACUGUGAGCUCUGAGAUGUCGGCACGCUCAUUGGUUGAGUUCUGUGAGCUUGUGGACUUCCUAUUGGACAUUGUUUCAUUGCCUACUAGAAGCAUGAGGGUUAUCUGCCAGGAGACGUACAUAGAGAUCCAGACAGAGCAUUUACCUCAGUUGCUCCUGCGGAUGGUUUCUGCUCUUACCACACAUCUGCAGACUCUGGGUCUCAGAGAGCUCACCUACUGUCUUCGCCUCUGCUCAAAGAUCCUCAGCAAGGUUCAGCCCCCAUUGGUGUCACCCCUCACGCUGCCCUCCGGAUCAUCCCAAACCGCCACUACCCCUUCAGCUAGAGACAAAGAGGAGAAAAGGACCCUACCAAUCACUCUAGAAGUUCCGGAUGUAUUUGAGGAUGGUGAAAACCCUUCAAGCAACAAGUCUGAGAGUGGAUUCACUGAUUUCAUCCAUUACCAGGGUGAACGCGGGGACUCUGCUGAUAGCACACAGCACACUGAGGAUGAUGCGUCCUGCCCUGAAGAUGCACCCAUCCCUCUCAAACCUAAACCCAAAUCUGGGCUUGGUAGUUCUGCCCACCCCUCCAAACCCCAGGACAAGCCAGUGAUGCAGUGCUGCCUUGAGCAUUUCCAGCAGUUUCUUUCUCUCUUGGUGAAGCUUUACAUCACCCCCAGAGUUCACGCGGAGGCAGGGAAGAUCUUCAGUGCUGACAUGGACACUCUUACUGUGGUAGCUGGUGAAAGAAGGAAUGAUGAUUUUGAAGAGCAAGUGUCUUCUCAGCAGAAGGAGUGUCUGGCUGCAUUCACUGCUGCCUGCCAGCUGUUUCUGGAGUGCUCUAGUUUUCCAGUGUACAUCGCUGAGGGCAACCUGAAGUCCUCACCUAGCAGAGAAGAGCAGGCAGGUGAGAGUGUUCAGCCAGCACUGUGGCUUCAAACUCUGAUGGAUGCAUGCUGUUCAGCUGCUGAUGUCAGCAUCAAAGCAGUGGCUAUCUCUGUUGUUAUGGAUUUGGUCGGACUGACACAAUCAGUAGCUAUGGUGACUGCUGAGCGUGUGGCCAGUCCAGACUCGGACCAGCCAAUGAGUCCUAGCCAGGGGCGUGUUGCUGUGGUGAUUCGACCGCCACUCACACCGGGCAUCUUGAAGUACAUUGGAGAGAAAACAGAUUUCUUUAAGAAUGUGGCUCUUAUAUUAUGGGAUCAGUUAGGUGAGGAGACCCCCCAGCAUCACAAACGUAGUGUGGAGCUCUUUUACCAGCUUCACAACCUGGCUCCCUCCCCCAGCAUCUGCGAAGAUGUCAUUAGCCAGCAGCUCAUGCAUCGGGACAAGAGAAUACGUUUGGAGGCCCAUAUAAAAUUCUCUGUUCUUUGGCACCUGACCAGAGAUCUUAACAUCACCAAGUCCUCUCCUUUCAAUCGCACUUUUGACAGGUCUCUUUUUAUCAUGUUAGACAGCCUCAGUUAUUGGGACGGCUCAGCGAGUGCUGUUGGCCGGGCCUGGUUGAACCAGGUUUUGCAAAGACAUGACAUUGCUCGUGUUCUUGAGCCACUACUACUUUUGCUCCUGCAUCCUAAAACCCACCGCGUGUCUAUCCAGCGUGUUCAAGCACAGCGUCACCUGGCACAGACCUUUCCCAACCCGGCAGAACAAGAGACCUCUGACCCCAUUUAUAUGAGGGAUAUGAGCCACAAUGAAAAUUAUUGCCAGAUCAGUAGCCACAGAGGUGACCAAAUGUGUGGCAGAGGGCUUACAUUGGAUGAUAUGGAGCCCUUCAGUCUGACAGUUAACCCGUUGAGUGACAGUCUUUCACUCUUGAGCUUAAGCAGCGAGAAUUUGCAGCUCUGCGGCGAAUACCAACCUCCAGAUCAGGAGGAAGAGCCCCAGAGCUCGGAUUCAAGUGGCUCUCAGACUUCCACUGUUGACAAUGGCAGCUUUGAUGAAAUGGAGGGAGGUGGUAGUACUGUAAAUAUGUGUGAUCAUGCACUUUGUCAGUCCUCUUCGACGGAGGAAGAGUGCUUGCAUAAAGCGGUUUCUGCUGUACUUGUUGAGGUACUGGACAGGGUGGUGGAAAUGGUCGAGAAAGGGUCUGGUGAGACACCGUCAUCUCCUGAGGCCUGGCCUCAGACAGAUUCCGAUAGCACCAACUCUUCCACGGAUAUGUCCACUGGGCCAUGCAUCAACCUGCCCUCCUUCUCUAACACCCAACCCAGAACGCUCCCAGAACUGGUUGCAGGAGGUACCUUAGAGUUCCUGGCCGUGGCCUCACUUGAUGCUUCUGGGGAGGAGGAGCAUCGGGAAGGCAUCGCUCGCCAUAGCUCCUCCCCUUCGAUCAUCACCCUACCUGACAGCGGUGCUAAUGGAACCACUGAGCAAAGCCUCCAGGUCAACGACCCACAUCGCAAGCGCAGCCACAGCAGCACCCAGCUCAGCCUAAAGGGCAAGAUUAUGGAGCGACUGGUGGAUAAAUCCCCAGGGGCCAAGCCCAAAAUUAAAAAAUCUAAGAGGAAAGACGAUGAAAGGCGCAAGACCAACCAAGCAGAGAAGAGCCGGCCACCAAGCAUCUUCUUUGGGGACAGUCUGGACUUGGAAAACUGGUACAGCUGUGGCGAGGGGGAAGUGUCUGAGAUUGAGAGCGAUAUUGGUUCUCCCAGUGGUGGCGCAGCUGGCGGGACAGGUGGAUCUCGUACAUCUGGGUCACCUGCUCGGUUUAACAUCCAUCCUCUGUACCAGCAUGUUCUGCUCUAUCUUCAACUGUAUGAUUCCUUUCGUACUCUUCAUGCCCUCUCCGCCAUUGCAGCCAUGCUUCGUACUUCACCGGCAGGAUUUGUUAGCGCCAUCUCCACAACUAGCAUAAAUAACACAUACACACCCCAUCUCUCUCUUCUGCAGAACCUGUUAGCACGACAUCGCGUCUCUGUCAUGGGCAAGGAUUUCUACUGCCCCAUCCCGCAGGACUCGCACUCACACUCAUUUCGAAGUGCCAUGUUCUUAGAGAUCAUCAUCUCCCUUUGCCUCUAUUUUCUGCGCAGCUAUUACUCUGCCCACGUGACCGCCACAUCACAGGACUUGGCUGGCAACCAUGCCAUGCAGCUGACCUGCGUUGAAGUGUUAACCCUUCUCUUCAGCGAACUUUCCAAGGUCACCGGAGGCUCAGCCAAGGGCUUUGCGAGCUUCAUUUGUGACGUGCUUUCCAAAUGCAAGGUGCAGAAGGUGGUACUACACUGUUUGCUUUCCACCAUCUUUAGUGUGCAGAAGUGGCAUGAACAUCGCAUAAGGGGCACCAAUGUGGCGGUGGUUGAGGAGGGCCUAUCAGAGGACACUGUCAUAAAUCUGUCAGAGGACCAGCUAGACAAUUGCAGCGCCAUACAGUCGCAGCUCCUGCGCCUGUUACAGAGCCUGGUGGUGUUAGAACACCGCGUGCUGAUCCCAGCGGAUGAAGUUGGGGAAGGAGUUCCAGGGUCAACCGGGUCUGUCGGAGGAGCUAAUGGGCCCGGGGCUGGUUUUGAGCUGAUCGGAGGCGAGGUAGAGCAUGUCAACCCCCAACAACCGAUGGCCUCCCUGCAGUACCUGCACGGGCAGCCCAUCACGGCGCAAGGGAUGUUUCUGUGUGCAGUGAUCCGGGCCCUGCAUCAGCACCACGCCUGCAAGAUGCACCCACAGUGGAUUGGCCUCAUCACAAUCACCCUGCCUUACAUGGGCAAAGUGCUCCGGCGAGUGGUUGCGUCCAUUACGCUGCAGUUGUGCAAAAACCUCGACAACCUUAUACAGCAAUACCGCUAUGAGACAGGCCUCAUAGACACCAGGCCUCAGUGGAUGGCACUGUGUAUUCCUCCUGACCUGAUUCUGACUGUACUGGAAGGAAUGACAGCCAUAAUCCAUUAUUGUCUGCUAGACCCAACUUCACAAUAUCACCAGCUUCAGGCAAAUGUCGAUCAGAAGCAUCUCGCAGAGGCCCGGGCGGGCAUUCUCUCCAUCUUGCACACCAUCAUGUCCUCUGUGACCCUGCUGUGGGGCGUCCUUUAUCUGGUUGACAGUUCCGACAGGCCUGCUGCGGCCUCUGCCUGCUCCUCCUCCAACAUCAACCUGGGAUCCACAAAGAAUCUCAGGCAGCAAAUUCUCGAGCUGCUAGGUCCAAUCUCAAUGAAUCACGGUGCUCACUUCAUGGGUGCUAUAGCAUAUGUUUGGAAUGAAAGGAAGCAGGCGAAAACUCCGUCCAGGAAUAAGGUAAUCCCGACGGCCAGUGAGGACCAGCUUCUCCUUGUAGAACUCGUUCGUUCAGUAAGUGCCAUGCGCACUGAGACAGUGAUCCAGACUGUGAAGGAGGUCCUCAAACAACCACCAGCCAUUGCCAAAGAGAAGAAGCAUCUUUCCCUGGAAGUCUGCAUGCUUCAGUUUUUUUAUGCUUAUGUGCAGAGGAUUCCAGUGUCUAGUCUGGUUGAUAGCUGGCCAUCACUCUUGGCAUUGCUGAAAGACUCUGUGCAGCUUGGCUUGCCUGCUCCUGGACAGUUCCUCAUCCUUGGUGUUCUAAAUGAGUUCAUCCUCAAGAAUCCCACCCUGGAGAGCAAGAAGGACCAGAGAGAGCUACAGGAUGUGACUCAUAAGAUUGUCGAAGCCAUUGGCACGAUUGCUGGCUCAUCUUUAGAACAGACCACAUGGCUUAGAAGAAACCUGGAGGUCAAGCCUUCUCCUCAGAUCAUGGUGGAAGGUACCAGUCUGGAGGCGGAUGUAGAAGAUCUAAUGCUCACAGUGAUGGAGGCUUCCAGCUUCACUCCAUCUGUGUACAGCGUUCACGCCCUCACAUUGCUGGCAGAGGUACUGGCUCAUCUAUUAGAUAUGGUCUUCUACAGUGAUGAGAAGGAGAGGGUGAUCCCUCUGUUGGUCAACCUCAUGCACUACGUAGUGCCCUACCUGCGCAACCAUAGCGCUCACAACGCCCCCAGUUAUCGCGCAUGUAUACAGCUGCUGAGCAGCCUCAGUGGAUAUCAGUACACGCGGAGAGCCUGGAAAAAAGAGGCCUUUGACUUGUUCAUGGACCAUACGUUCUUCCAGAUGGACUCCUCUUGUGUUAGCCACUGGAGAGCAAUCAUAGACCACCUGAUGACUCAUGACAAAACCACAUUCAGAGACCUGAUGACACGAGUUGCCGUGGCCCAGAGCAGCUCUCUGAGUCUUUUCACCAAUCGAGAUGCCGAGCUUGAGCAGAGAGCCAUGCUAUUAAAAAGACUGGCCUUCACCAUCUACAGCAGUGAGGUGGACCAAUAUCAGAAGUACUUGCCGGACAUCCAAGAGCGUCUUGUGGAGAGCCUGCGACUUCCUCAAGUCCCCAUCCUUCAUGCUCAGGUCUUUCUCUUCUUCAGAGUGCUGCUGCUCCGCAUGUCCCCUCAACACCUAACCUCACUCUGGCCCACUAUGAUCACUGAACUGGUUCAGGUGUUCUUACUCAUGGAACAGGAACUCACUGCAGAUGAGGACAUCACCAGAAUCUCAGGCCCGUCAGUAGCAGGGCUAGAAACAACAUACUCAGGGGGCAACGGAUUCUCUACCUCCUACAACAGCCAGCGCUGGCUCAACCUCUACCUGUCUGCCUGUAAGCUGCUGGAUCUAGCCCUCGCUCUACCGUCCGAGAGCCUGCCUCAGUUCCAGAUGUAUCGGUGGGCAUUCAUCCCUGAGGCGUCAGAUGAUUCUGGUAUGGAGGUCCGAAGACAGGGGACGCAUCAAAGAGAGUUCAAGCCCUAUGUUGUCAGAUUGGCGAAGCUCCUGAGAAAAAGGGCCAAGAAAAAUCCAGAAGAGGAUUGCUCCAUUCGCACAUUAUCUUGGGAUCCCGGGCAGCUCCUGCUUACACUCAACGUGAUCCGCAGCAUGGAACAGCUCCUACCAUUCUUCAAUCUUCUUAGCCAAGUUUUCAGCAGCAAGGGCAGCAACCGCUCAGGAUCGUACCACAGCCCAACUCCCAGUGACGGCCCGUUCCCCGGCAAGGACGGAAAAUUGGAGAGCCAGAAAGUUUUCUGGUGCCGAACAAGACAGAACAUUGAGGAGAUGGUUGAGAAGGACUUUCUGGAGGGACUCAUUAAAACGUGACAUGACGUGAUCAAAAAUCCAUUGAGCUAACACUAACACCUCAUCUUAAAAAAAAAGACAAAAAAUAAGUUUGUACAUUUUUUGCUUUUCUAAUUAAUGUAUUUUUCCCAAAAGCUUUACUACUUAAUUUAAAAUCUUUUACUUGUAAAUAAGGACACCUGUGAUGUUUUUUCAUUUGUUUGAGCCCUUAGGAUAGUGUAAAGAUAUGUGCCAUUUCAUAUUGUGGUCACUUGCCUAAUAAAAAGACAUAUCAUUUAAAUAGAAACACUUGUGAAUUUCCUCAUCCGCAGACAGGCGUUGUUGCAGACCUCCGUAUCUAACUCAUCAAAUUUGCACUAAUAUUUAUUUUCUUUUUGAUUAAGAUUUUAAGGGUGUCAACAAAACAGAUUGUGUAAGAAAACUAAGUAUAAAUGGACAAUUUUUAAGUAAUGUUGCUGAUCAAACUGAUCAAAGCCAUAAUGAAAAAACUAUUAUUGCAUAUCAGAGGA